AUGGGUCUAUUUUCUGCUGUCAAGAAAAUUGGGCCUCUUCGUGCUAGGAUUGCUUGGAGAUUUUAUCAAAAUCCCUCUUCUCUGCUUCGCAAUUGUUUAACUGCCAAGUAUGGUUCUAAUACUUGGAAUGGUAAACCCAUGAAUGGGCAAUCUGCUGCCCGAUCAAUCAUUUUGGAUGGCACUACUUUCCUUAAGCCUAUUGUCAAAUGGAAGAUUGGCAAUGGUACUUAUAUCAAUGUUAAGAAUGACAUUUGGAUACUUGACAAAUGUUUCAACAAGUGGUCAAUGCUUGCAGAUUGUGUCAACCUUGAGAACUUGGUGCUUAACAACUUUAUCCUUGAUGAUGGGAAUUGGAACCUGACGGAACUUAAGCAGUAUUUUAAUGCUAGCUUGAUUAAUCUAAUUGUCCAAAAUUGUGUUAUCCAUGUUCGUGUUGAGGAUCAUAUGGAGCUUCUUUAUCAACAUUCUGGGAAAUCAAUCUCAUCAUUAGCUUAUGCCGAAUCCACUAAGUCCCUCAAUUCACUUGAUGAUUCUGGUUUUAUUGCUUGGCUCCGGAAACUGUACCUCAGACCGAGAAUUGAACUAUUUUGGUGGAGAUUGUGUAAGUUUACCAUUCCCACUAAUGAGUUCUUGAAGUAUAGACGCAUUGGAAAUAAUGACCUUUGUGCUAGAGGAUGCUCUGAAGUGGAAAGUAGUGCUCAUGUUGUGGUUCACUGUAAGUAUCUCAUUGAUGUCAUCAAGAUGUUGAGAUCAUGGGGGAUCAAUGUUCCCAUCUUCAGCUCGCUGGCGGAUUGUCUCCAUCAUUUAAGACACCUAACGAAUUAUUGUCCGGACAUUGUCAAGAUAUACUGCACUGCUGUCUUCUAUUCUUGGAAUUGCAUAAAUAAUUUCAAACAUGGCGGUCCAUUGCUGCCCACCUCUGUGAUUGCUGCCAAUGUCCUGUUUACGGCUACUAAGAAGAAUUCAAUGCUGGUUAACUGGGAUGCCUCUCUCUAUUGUGAGUUUGAUCUUUCAUGGCGUCCCCCAUCACCGGAUUGGAUUAAAAUUAAUGUUGAUGCAUCCUUUCUUGACUCAAAUUUGGCUAGUAUUGGUGGUGUUGUCCGUGACUCCAUGGGUAAAUCGCUCCUAGCUUUCGGCAAACAACAACUUCAUUGGGACAUUAAUCAGCUCGAAUUGGAUGCUAUUUUUUCCUUGAAGGAUUUCAUUUCUGAUUGGAUGUUUGAUAGCAAAGGAUUAAUAAUUGAGGGAGAUAACUACAAUGUUAUCAUGUUCCUUCAAGAUUCAAUGAAGAAAUCUAAGACUUGCAACCGAAUUUCCGAGAAGAUCUCUUUUCUAUAUGAUUUCAAUAAGAUGGCUUCAGGUGAUGGUCUUCCUCAUAGAUCCUUGACUUCAAAGUUUUUCCGUAAGAAAUAUUUGAGCGGUGGACCAAGAAGGCCUAAAAAGGGUGAUGAAUGUGAGGGUCAGAGAUCAGUUCCACCAGUGAUACCAUCACCACCACCUAGGAUUCAACAGUAG